AUGGCUCCUAAAAUAUCUCUUAUCAUAUCGCCAUCUUUAUUUAUUCCAGAACCAAUUACACUUCCUUAUGAAUAUUGCUCACUUACUUUAGAAACACCUAAACCUUUAGAAGAGGUAUUUGAAUGUAUAUCGGAUAUUAAAACAUCAUCUUUAAAUCAUUACGAACAUUUAAAUAAGAAAUUUUUAAUAUGGUCAGAACGUCUCAAACAGUGGGAAGCAUCUGCAGAAGCAAGAUAUUUAUACGAAAUUAGGAAAAUAGCACCGGGCUAUUUAGAUACAAAUGAGCGUUUGUUGCAGCCUACAUUAACUAAACCAUCAUCUACACCAUAG